GAUUUUAUCAAAGAUGAGAUUCCAAUAAGAAGAUCUUCUCUAUAAUCGAGAAAUUACGAGAACCUAGCCUCGCCGGAUCACCGUAUCUUCAGUACGACGCCGUUUAAUCUCCCGGAGGAGCUACACACAGUGAUUGAUCUUUUUUCUUCUUCUUUUGGUGCUCUUAGAAUCUCGAAUUGGGAGUUUUUGAUUGAUUCUGUAACUUUUGGGUCUCUGUGAUUGAGACAUUUGACGAUGGGGAUAAGCAAAACGGAGAUCAAUUUCCGGAGAUUGCUUUCCGCUGCACCUAAUCAGCAGAAUCAGUCGAAGCUUAUUCAUUAUGUUGCUACAUUGAGGGAACUAUUAGAACAACUCUCGGAAGAGAAGACCCCUGAAGGGCUUCCCAGAGUUACAAAAGCUAAGGUAAAUGAGUAUUAUGAGAAGAUUGAAGCUGUUGCUUCGAAGAUAGUUUCUCAAGUGCCUGACACAGAGGUAUCUGAUGAACCCUUUGCCAAAGAUUCCACUAGUGGGAGCUCACCGAAAAUAGAAGAUGAUCCUCGAAGCCCUACUUCUCCACAGCUGAGAAGAAGAAUCGUGCCUGCAAGUUCCAAGGAGCAAAGCUUUGAUGCUGUUGAUGGUGAUUCAUCGAAACAAAUAAAAUUAGACUCUGCAGCUCAAGCGAACAUUGACAAGCACAGAAAGCUUCAAGAGGAUCUAACCGAUGAAAUGGUGGGACUUGCAAGACAGCUCAAGGAGAGAAGUCAAGCGAUAAGCCAAUCUGUGCAAAAUACAGAAAAGAUACUUGACUCCACCGAGGAGGCCAUUGAGCAAAGCUUAGCGAGCACAGGACACGCAACCACAAGAGCCACAAAGAUAUAUUCACAAAGCUCAAAGACAAGUUGCUUCCAGUGGCUACUGAUCUUCGCCAUGACCUGUGUGUUCAUAAUGGUUGUCCUGUUGAUCCGAGUUACAUAGAAAAUGGUUCGGACUGAGAAUCAGAUUAGUGAAACUCUAAAGUACAUUACAGUUUGUUAAAGUUAUGUUGCCUUGGUGUAAAUUCUGAGUUGGAUAUGUGAAAUCAAACAUGAGACCUUUGAUUCUGAAGAGAUUUCUGGUUUACAUUUUGAGAACUGAAACCUCUUAAUUUAAUGGUUUUUAUUUUUAUGUUA